AUUGCCUGCCGCCAAGCUUAGUACGGCACGGCACAGGAGUCGGCCAGCCAAACCCCGAGCGACUUCCAUUCCUUCGCACCUUCUGGAGGAUAUCCUUUUGCCGAAGCCAUCACCAGCACACGCGCUCCGCGGCAUCUCGUUGCCCAUUUUUCAGGCCAAUUUCGGCAUUGUCUGCCUCUUGCCGACUUGCCGGCCAGCCAGCCAGCCAGCCUUGUCUGCCGCCGUGUCUGCCCGCCACGUCCACCGAAUACGACCUGCCGUCUCUCUCUCUCUCACUCACUCGGCAGUAGCUGGGAGUCCUCGCUCGCCUCCUGACACCCACCCGACCCCCGGGCAAGGGGCUGGCAUGGCGGCGCCACGAUGAUGGCUCGCCACGACAUGUCCGCGCUCGACGAAUUCAAGGUCGUCGCGCGGCGCCGCGCGCGGCUGCUGUGGGCGUGGGCGCGAGGGCCCGGGAGGCAGCUCGCCGCGACGCUCUCGCUCUCCGCGCUGCACCAGCUGCGCAGGAACCUCGCCCCGCGCCGCCUCUUCAGCUUCCCGCACGCCCUGUUCCUGGUAUGGGCCAUCAUCCUGCUGUGGGGGGAGCGCUGGGUGUUUGAGACCAAGAUCGCCGACUGCGACUGGCAUACCUGGGAGCAUUGGCCCAAGGAGGCGAGGCCGCAUCACCUCGUCUUCGUCGCCGACCCUCAGCUCAUCGAUCCGCACUCGUACCCAGGCCGCCCGUGGCCCAUCAACCCCCUGACCGUCCUCGUCACCGACAACUACAUGCGCAGGGGCUACAACGCCCUGCAGCGCCAGCUGCACCCCGAUAGCGUCUUCUUCCUUGGGGACCUCUUCGACGGCGGGCGCGAGUGGAAGACCGAGAGCGGGACGUUUGUGGACCCCAAAUGGGGGAGCUCGCGGUCGUCGGGCGAGAAGAAGUGGGUGAAGACAUGGCACCGCAAGUACGGCGAGGACUUUUGGGUGCGGGAGUACCAGCGCUUUAGCAACAUCUUUUUCGACAACUUCAACGCCGGGGGCUCCAGUCCCGGGCCCAUGCAGAGAGGCAAGAAACUGGUUGCGAGCCUGCCCGGCAACCAUGACCUGGGCUUUGGGGCGCAGAUUCAGGUGCCCGUCCGAGACCGCUUCGCGGCCUUUUUUGGCGACGUCAACCGAGUCGACGUCGUCGGCAACCAUACCAUCGUGUCGGUCGAUACCGUCUCGCUGAGCGCCGAGACUUCGCAGUUUAAAGGCCAGCACAACCUGCGGCCUAUAUACGGCCCCGCCAAGGAGUUCCUUGAGAAUGUCCAGGCGACCAAGAGAAAGCUGGUCCAGGAGGAGCUAAGCGUGUGGCACGACACCGAGAGGGACUUGCGGCUUGGCCACAAGGUGGAAGACAUCGACAAGGCGGACACGACGCGUUGGCCGCGGGACCCCGGGCCCGGGGCACCCGACUUCCCCACGAUCCUGCUCACCCACGUGCCACUCUACCGGGCACCCGGCACGCCUUGCGGACCGCAGCGUGAGCACUGGCCGCCGACAAAGCCGCCCAAGGGGCAGACAGGCGUCGUCAACCCGGACAAUCGCAACGCAAUCACGGUGGCAGGCGGGUACCAGUACCAGAAUGUCUUGAACGAGGAGACGUCGGCUCAUCUGAUCAAGAGCGUGGGCAAUGUGGUACACGUCUUCUCGGGCGACGACCACGACUACUGCGAGGUGACGCACUCGGCGUCCAAGGGAGGUGUGCGGGAGAUCACCGUCAAGAGCUUCAGCAUGGCCAUGGGGGUGCCGACGCCCGGGUUUCUCAUGGUCAGCAUGUACAACCCUGUCGGCGCCGAUGGCAAGCCGGUGGGCGAAGCCACGACGACGCUUCAGACACACUUGUGCCUGAUGCCGAACCAGAUCCACAUGUACAUGAAGUACGUGACAUUCAUCAUCCUCUCGCUGGUGCUCCUGGCGGUGCGUGCGUUCCUCGUGCCCGUCUUGCAUCUGCAGCCCUUUGCGCUCGAGCCGGAGCAACGGACGAGCGUGCUCCCGCUGUUCAAGGACAAGGCCAAGGCCGAGCCGCCGGACCACUCGGCGCACCGAAACAGCAGCUACAACCACCACACGUCAUCACUCUCGACAGCCGCCAACGGCCACGGCAACGGCAACGGGGCGCGCUGGUCGUCCAAGAAGAGCGGCAAGCGGGCGCGGCAGUGGGGCGGCUGGGCCGGUGACCGCGGCGGCGUCGGCAUCGGCGGCGGCCCACGCAUCAAGCUCGACGCCGACGACUUUUACGAUGGCGGCAAGGGGUGGAAGGGCUCCGGAGCGCGCCGCCAGGGGUCGUCGCUGCGGAUGCUGGGGAGGGAGCUGUGGACGACAACGUGGAGGGUGGCCUGGAUGACGGUGCUGUUUUGGGCGUACCUGGCGAGGGAGGGCUGAGGCGGCGGCGAGAGGGAGUGAGAUUGCCGCACCGUUCUCGCAUACAUGCACCCGCGGCCAUGACAAGCGGUGACUCUUACCUUAAUUAAAAAUUGUGUCUACAUGAUGAGCGGCGAAGCAACAUACAAAGCAGCAGAAUCCAAAAAGAUGUCUGGGCUGACGGGGAUGGGAGCAGCCCGGACGGGAACAAAUGUGUAUAAUAUGGGACGGGAGAACUGAGGGACGGUGUUUUCUUUGCCUUUUCAUCAGCAUUGGAUACGACAAGGUGGCCAAAAAGGGUGGCUUUGGGCGGGGAGCUCAGUCUUGUCUUGGGAAGGGGAGCAUGGGCUGUGAGGUAUCACCAUCAUCAUAUCAUUAAAACUAUCAGCAUCAUCAUCAG